GUCCAUCAGAUGUCAACAACAUCCAAACUUAUAUUUUUCUCUCGCCGUGUUGGAUCUCCUAGUUAAACCUCGACACUGAUUCGAUGUGAUAUAGAUGUCUAGCUCUUGCUUCGUUGUGAGGUCAUCGGGAAACGUGUUACGACUCUUGUUAGUUGGGUCACGAUACUGUCCUCAAGCAUAUUUCUUCAAGAGCCCCUAUUGCCUUGGGUCAUUUGCCCGAAACGCUCUGCGUACUAGUGGCUUUAGGUAUUGCACAAUUGUACAUUGGACCUACUACAGAGUAGCUGCCUCAUCUUAUUCCUGGUCUCUGGAAGAACCCUCACCAUGUGAAAUGCUUUGAUAAAGUAUUGACUCUCCUGUGUACUAUAAUGUUAGACACGUUUUAUGAAGUUCUUCAAGCAUUGCAAUGUCGAUGUCGACCUUCUUGACAUAAGACUAUUGACAGCUAUCCAGACUGAAUAAAUAAUUUGCUGUCUAACUCAUUAACCCUUCAGGGUAUUAGACCACUAGCUGGCCCAACGAAAUCUAUUCAUGGAGCUAGCAUGAUUGUCAAUAUGGGAAAAACUAAUAAAGCACUACUCUUGAUCCUAGUGUUUUUUAUCAAUCAAACUGUGAUAUGCAUGCAGGACACAUGUGACAAAGGUGAACAGAAGAGCAAAAGGUAUCUUUUAUAUGAUGUCAAUCCUGGAGAAGGAUUUAAUCUUCGCCGGGAUGUGUAUAUUCGUAUUGCAAAUUUGGUUCGAAAGCUGAAUGAUGCAGAUAACUGGGUUUUGAUACUUCCACCAUGGGGGAACUUGUAUCAUUGGCAACGUGUGCAGCGUGGAGUGUAUGUGCCUUGGAAAAAUUUCUUUGAUAUUGAGAGCCUGAGCAAAUGGAUACCAGUUGCAGAGUUUUCUGAUUACUUGAAAGAUGAAGGACCGAGAGUGGGGUCAGUGUAUGUGCUACAGCAUUACGCUGAAGGAUGGGAAGGCAAAUGGGAAGAAAAAUAUGAUAAAAGAAAAUGCAUUGACAAGCACAACUUUGAGUACCGAGGAGGUGAUGAUGGCUCAUGGGUUGGGCAAGUAUGGGGUACAAAAAUUCAGACAGAAAACUUUACAUGCCUCUCUAUCCAAGGACAAGCAUCAACUUUAGUGCCUCUUGUUACACAAGAUUUAAAGAGGAGAUCUGUGUUCAUUGUUCGAGCUGAAACCAUCUUGCACGAUGAAUAUGGAGGCAAGUGGUACUGGAAUGCUAGGAGAAGUAUGCGCUUUGCCCACCACCUGCGAGAAGAAGCUGCAAGUUUUAGAAGAAAAUACUUGAACUCGGAAGAUGUACAAGAUAAAACUGUAGUGAAAGAGGACUGGCGAGAUACACAACCAAAACGAGGUGUAGCUGUUGGUGGCCCUUACAUUGCUGCUCAUCUUCGGAGAAGAGAUUUUGUACAUGCAAGACAUGAUGAAGUGCCGAGCUUAAAGAAGGCUGCCCAGCAAAUUAAAGAAUUGCUGAAAAAAGAAAAUCUCACUACUGUUUUUAUUGCAACUGAUGCUUCACUAGAAGAAUUUCAGGAACUUGAAUCGUUCCUUCCUGGUUAUAAGGUCGUGCGCUACGAACCCAGCCCUGACUUCUUUCACAAGUGGGGUGAUGGUGGUGUUGCAGUAGUGGAUCAGAUCAUCUCUUCUCAUGCCAGGUACUUCACUGGGUCAUAUGAAUCCACAUUCUCCUUUCGUAUCCAAGAAGAGCGAGAGAUUCUGGGCUUUCAAGAGAGAACAACUUUCAACCGACUCUGUGGGAAGAAGAAAAGUUGUGAGCAACCAGCAAAAUGGAGAAUAACUUAUUAAAAUGCUAGUUUCGUGAUAUAUUUGAAGUAGUUAGUUUUUCUUCUAAACUUGAAGUUUAGAAGAAAACUAAACUAGAAGAAAAUUUAAAGUUUUCAUCAGUACUGUACAUUAUUCUUACCAUUAAAGUUUUUUUUUGUGUCUGAAAAAUGAAGAUAUGUAAUAGUUUUACUAAUGGUGUUAUUUAGGUUUGAGAAAGGGUUCAACAAAGAUAUACCAGGCAUUUAUUUUUGAAUAUUAAUAUGAGACAAUGCCACAAAUCAGAGAACUUGCUUUAGGCAGCUGGCAUUUUCAGGUAGGUAACACUAACACACACUAUUGCUCCACAUGCUCGUUUAUUUUGCCUGAAUGAUGCCCGUACUGCAUUGGGUAUCUGUUGUCAUUUUACCUUGACGAAAAGUUUAGGUAUGAAGUGAGAACUUUAAUUUGUUAUGAUAAUUAAUAGUAGUUCUGUACUGUAUGCAUUUACAAUACUAAUUCAUGGUUCAUAAAAGUUAUCCGUUUUGUGGUAGCCCUUGCCAGAAGCGGUUAUUACAUACAGUAAUUGAUAUGAAAUACAUAAUGUGCGCUUGUGAAUGGCAUGUUUGUCAGUUUAGUAUUUGGUAUACCAUUGUCAGUCAAUGGAAUCCUGUUGGGUCCAUCAAGGUGUUUCUAGCCAGGAGUCGAGGCUGUCUUCACAGUGACCCAUUCACUUACUGGUCUAUGCCAUGCCAAUUAUACUCAGUAUUCAGGUUGAAUUAUGUAUUAAAGCAUAUCAAGCUAUCUCCUAGUGUUAAUUGCAUGAGAUUGUGUUAACCUGUGUAUACAUUACAUUCUUAAGAUAACAUAUUGAAUAAGAUAUAAAAAAUUUCAAAUACAUUUCUCGAGUAUCCUUUUAAGAAAAGAUUAGUUUUUUAAUGAUACCUUCACUUUGGUUUAUAUAUUUUUAUUAUACCUGUGGUAUAAUUGUUGUGCACAAGUAUAAUAAAAUAAAUUUUGUAAUCAAAUAAGUGUUAAGAUACAUAUAUUCUGAAAAAUUUACAUGAAGGCUUUGUGGAUGCCUCAAGGUCCAUUGGAAACCAUAAAACUUGGCAUAAACUACUGUAUAGGGUUUUAUGUUAUGUAAUGUUUGCUUUAACCAAACCUGUUGUUAUUAUAGUAUUAAAUAGAAAUACUGGCUCUAGUAUUUAAUACUAAUAGCACUUGAGGAGCUGUAUUUUAUUACAGUGCUGCAAUCAAGAAGUCUACGACCUUUCUCUGUUUCCAAGUUCAUCCCCAGGGUUGGUUUAGUAUUAUUUACUGUAUAUAUAUGUUGGUAUUACUGUAUAUAGAAAUUAUUUGUUUUUGAUAGGAGCCACUAAUAUAAUGCCUAUGAAGUAAAUUUUAGUUACAUUAUUCUUAACACUGCCCUACCAUAAGUACAACAUAUGUAAUUAAAUAUGUAACUCAGUGAAGAAGCCAAAUCACAGUACUGUACUGUAAAGUCUAACUGAAGCCAAGAGUUUACUCCAUUGGUCAUUGUAAAAGGGUUUCAAACUAUCCUAUCAAAUACAAAUUUCCCCAACUAAUUUUCUUGAUUUUUUUCUUUUAAUUUGUUAUAAAGUUACCUUUAAGCAA